AUAAGAAGAAUUAUUUGUAAAGCAAAACGCAAAGUGAACCAACCAUCAGCAAGAACCUUUUUACUAUUGGAAUUUUAAUAAAACUUUUUAUCAAGUUUACAAUUUAUUAAAAGUGUUUAAUAAAUAACUGACCUACUAGAAUCUUGCUAAAGAUUCAACUCACCUUUGGGCAAGGAUUUUAAGUGUUUCGUACUUAAGGAAACUUGCAAACUCCCACAACACCUAGUAAGCGGUGGACGGACAGACAGACGACGGAGAGCCACAAAAACACACACAGUCACUCACUCAUAUAAACUGCAAAGCAUAGAAAAUAACAAGAAGAAGCAGAUAAUUUAAGAAUAAAAUCGAAAACAAUAAGGAACUGAAAACUAGAGGAGUCCAACUAGUUUCCAAUUUGUACAAAAACAAAACAACCAAAUAAAAGGAUUUCAAAAGAGACUUUCAAAGCAAAUCAACAAAAAAGUUAAAAUAAAACAAACGUUUUCUAAUAUUUAUUUUGCGGCAAAUAAAAUAAAAACAACUUGUUAAUAACAAUGGAGAAACAACCAGCAAAACAGUAUGAAACUUCGAAUUCAUCAGCUAAACCAACGCAACAAUCACAUAAACCCAUGCAAGCAAAAAGAGUUGGGCAAUCACCCCAAUCUGAAACGCCACCGAGAAACGAAAUGAUUUAUGAUCCACCAAGCAUGGAAGCAAAAAUGCCCAGGCCAAGUUAUUACAAUUCAUCUAAACCAUCGUGGCCAGAAUUGGUGGAGAGCGAUGAUAGUGACAUGGAAACUGAUAUUGAUGUUGAGAAAUUACCACCCCUUGAGGUCGGUCCUCAUGAGAAUCGUCUACAGCACACAUAUUGGUUGUGGUUCUCACGUAAAGGUGCACAUCGUGCAAUGGAUUAUAGUAAAUCGUUACGUGUGGUGGGUCGUUGUGCCAGUGUUCAACAAUGGUGGUCACUAUACUCGCAUCUUAAACGUCCCACAGCCUUAUCAUUGUACCUGGAAUUGAGUCUAUUCAAACAGGGCAUUAAACCGAUGUGGGAAGAUCCAGCCAAUUCGAAGGGUGGCCAAUGGGUAAUACGUUUACGUAAAAAUCAAAUUGAUCGUGCGUGGGAAAAUGUCUGCAUGGCCAUGUUGGGUGAACAAUUUUUGGUUGGCGAUGAAAUAUGCGGUGUAGUGUUAACAACAAAGGUUCAGGUAAGUUCAUAAUUUUCCUAAGUUUUCAUUGA